AUGAAACGUGUUGGGAUUUUCCCCACAGGGGACGCUGGUCUUGGAAGUCUACGCAAAGCAGAAGGAGUUUUGGCCGAUGCUGCGUUGGAUGAAUUCCAAUGCGAGUUGCCGCAUUGGUGGCAGAGAGUAGGGGACUUCUUCAUCAGACCUUUUGCCGGGUGCUUGCCGUUCCAAGCUGGCACUUCUCCCUGGGUUCUCUUCCGCUCAGAGAAAACGUGGAACUUCACAUUUGAAGCUGCAUGCCUGGCUGGAGGAAGUGUGCAGAGUCUUGGGCCUCUCGGACAUGGGAUCUCAAACGCGCAGACGUUUGUCCCGGUCCCCGCGCUGCCCACAGCUCUGGAUCGACCAGGGUUGGCCACCAAGCCGCCUGACGCCGCGCAGCAAGCGCUCUGCACCCAUCUGGAUGUUUUUGAUGCCGGGGGAGCGAGAUGCACUGGCAGCUUUGUUCUACUUCAACAUUCUUCUCAGCAUGUCUAUUUCAAACACCUUGUUACAGAAUUAAAUCUCGAUAGCUGUCCAACUGGAAUACAGGUGGUCCAGAUGAGCUUGCUCAAAGAGUAUGGUGCGAAGGAGAUCAAGGCACUGAUGGGUUUUGAGAUUGGCCAGUUGGUCAUGAAACGCCUGCCAGCCCUCCUUCCGCAAGAGCUCGCUGAGCCAUUGACCUUUGGAUUCCUGGCCGCUCGUGCCUAUGACACGUUCCGCCGAGCAACUGAACCCAAUCAAGCCCUAGCUGGGGCGCCGACCUGGAUAAGAAACAUGCUGAGAGGUCGGCCACAGUGGUCCUGGAAGCGUUCGUAUUCACAGACGGGAACGACAUCUGAAUUUGAAGCUCUGGGCAUGAUUCUGCGUCGGCUUGUUCCAGGUCCACUACAGCCGCCCAUGUUCGCUGGUCUGGCAGUCAACAGCAAGGAAAUCGAACAUGCUCUGAAACACAGAAAUGCUGCUCAGUGGUUCCAGGGGAAGGACCGGGUUGCAGCCUUGGCGGCAGGGGAUGCAACGGCCGCGGCCAGCGCCUUGCUUAGAGCGCAUCGUCUUUUGCCACCACAGCAGACCGAAGCUUGGCAAAAGAAAGACCUUUUCUUCCUCUCUUCGUGUCUCGUGUGUUUGACUGAGACGUUCGCUGGCUUCUCAGCUUCUCCGCAGGACUUGCGGCGAACGCUCGGCAAUGUGGCUGACGUGGCUCAGGAGAAGAUGUGGGUGUAUCGUCGGGAGGCCGUGCUUCAGAACCCUCGAGAGCCGCCUCCGUCAGUACGAGUCGCAGAGCUCCUUAGCUGGUCCCAAAGCGAGCAGGCCAAGCGUCUCCUCGCCUUGGCAGAGAUGCGGCGUGCACGUUGGAGCUCUUGGAGCCCUUGGAGCCCUUGGAGCUCUAGGAUGCAAGUCCACAUGGGCCACACACAGUUUUGGAAGCCUUGGAUGGGCUAUGCAGGCUUGGCCAUCUUGCUGAUCCCUAUUGCAACUUCUAUUGAUGCAGUACGUUGGGCCUCAUGGUGUACCAUGAGUCUCACCGGCUUCGGGCUUUUGUUGCCACUGCUGCAGUUUGCUGGUGCUCCAACGCUUCCCUUCGCAUCGAUCAGCUCGUUGUGGAUCGCCCUCUUCCUCUACUCCAUGAUUGCGGGUAGCAUUUGGUGGAACCACCUCCUAGGUGGCGCGCGUCGCUGGGCCGUGCUCAGUGGCCAGCUGGCAGCCCAACUUGUAGAUCAAGCAGACACUGCAACCGGCAUCGCUUUCCUGACUCGGGACUGGGCAGAGAUGGCGCGGCGGUCCCUGGCAGCUCUCGACCAGGAGCUUUGCGGGAGCUGGAGGACGAGUCUGCACGAGUUGGCGUCAAAAUUGGCAGACCUCCGCCAGGAGCUUGAGGUGCGAACGCAGCAAGGCAAUGGGAACGGCAUGAAGUCCCUCAAGGAUGGCUUCACCAGCGACGAGGGCGAGGCAGUGUUGGCAGAGCCAUCCGCAGCCAAACAUCUACAGCCAUCCUACAGCCAUCCUUUCCUUCUCAACCUGUGGGACAAGUUUUGUCGCUCAGUUCCGUCCUUUUAUCAGACGUCCAAGCUCCCAAAAAUGCCCAAUUACGUUAAGCCACGUUAA